ACACUUUGCUUUGCUCACCAACACAACAGUUGUUUGAGAUCAAGAAGCACAGAUUAACCUAUUAAUACCUAAAGAAGUUCAAUGAUAACAACAAGAAAAAAUUGCUCAAGAAUGUGAGUUGACACAUCUUUAGAAUGACCUUACAUUUUUGCUCGAAAAAUAAAUCACAGAGAUAUCUUUAAAAAAAACAAACAGUAAGAAAUCAACAUGUCCCCUCCCAUUUUCUCCUCCCUCUUGCAUCACCCCAUAAUGUGAGGCAUUUCUAUAAACUUCAAGAGCUGAAGGAGUUUUAGCCAGAGAAAGAGGAGAGUCGAGAGAAAAGUGGACUGCAGAGGAAUGAAGAGUUAUAUCAGAAACAACACUGACUCUUCUGCAUGAUUGCCUGUGAGACGCAGAUUCUGCAGCGACUGGCUGUCCUGGUGAUGUUCCAUGGAUUAUCAAUGGGGAAGAUAAUGCCACAUUACGUCCUGGUCCAGAGACAGAUGUCCUGGUACAAAGCCAGGGACUUCUGUCAGAGGCAUUACAUCGACCUCGCUGUCCUGAGCACAGAAGAGCAAUACUUCUCUCUCAUCAAUGCCACUGCUGCAAACAAUGUCAGCUUUUGGGUCGGUCUGCACCGUCAGAACAUCUCCAGUGCCUGGACAUGGAUGGAUGGGGAAGAGCUGACCUAUCAGAACUGGUACAGGAGAAACUAUCAAGGCUGUGUCAGUUUGGAGGCCAUGCUGGAAAAAGACAAGAAGCUGCUGGCUCGCUACUGUGAUGAGUGGCACAUGUUUGUAUGUCAGGGUCCAGUUUCUCCACAGCCAGUGAAGGACUCAGUGGGCUCAGAUCACGUGAUUCUGAGUUGGAACAUUUCUGCUUUUAUGCAGAUGACACCACACAGUUACAAUGUGACGCUAUGCACCAACACAUGUAACACGCUCGUCUUCCACUACACUACUGGCUCUACCUUCAUGACCAUCAAAAUAUCCAACCUAACUUCAGCCACAGAGUUCGUCAUUGAGAUUUCUGCUUUUGUUGUACGACCCGAAUGGGCUGGGGAAAAAAAUAUCCUUCAAAGUAACCCUACAGCUUUACAAGUCAAAACAGUGGACUCUCGUGGGCAGUCCAGAGCAAUAUUUGUCAUACUUAAGUUGCUCAAGCUUGUGUCUCUGGCUCCUCCACUGUGGAUUCUUUGUCAGAUCCUGAAAACGUGUAAGGACUUUCCUGAGCAACAAAGAAAACAUACACUUAAUUAUCCCCUUCAUGCCUCUCAUGGUUCACUCUUACUUCUUCUGCAGAUGACUUCAAGGAAUCAGCAACUAAUUUCUCAACAGUUCAGGAGCUCUCAACCAUAGAGACCCUUGUUGAGCUGGUCCCAGACAAAACCAGAGGAAUCGGUUAAAAAUGAAAAUCCUAGACCUUAGCUAGAGGUCCAUGUGAAAGGAAAGUGUAUUUAAUUGUAAUUACUACUGAAGUAAAGCAAAAGAGGUAAAGGUAGUUUGCAGCAAACUGUGGUUAGUAAUGACAGGUCAAACUAAUAAUACUUCUCAGUACAAGCAGAGUCAAAUCAUGAUGCUGUCUGGCAUCAAUUAAAAUAUAUCAAAGGUCAUUGACUGAUACUAGUAAGAGUGUACGGUUGUUUGGAAUGUAUUACUUACUUACUUAUGACUAAUUUUAACUGCUCCAUUUCAUUUAGAAAUCUCGUAGUUUGAGGCCUUGUUUUGUAGUAUUGAAUUACUGAGCUUUGAUGCCCUGAGACAGCCCCAUAAGUGGGUUUUAAUGUAGGCUAUAUGGACAUUAUAUGAACUUUUGGCUUUGAACCUAAAAAGCAGGGAAUUACGUUUCCAGCAUUCAUGAACCAAAAGUAAAAACAGCUGAAUAGAACUAUAUAAUAGUAAGGUUUACAUGGUUAGACAUUCAGAAAAGAAAACAUGGUCAUUGAAAUAUGUGUUAUUAAAUCAAAUUCUGUUUAUCCUGGUUCUGUUCAGAACACAACUUGGUCACAGGUUGUAACUGUAGACAUCAUGAUUCAAGUCAACAGAGAUGUGAACUGUGUUGACCCCAAAUAAUACAAGUAUUAAGAAUGAAAUUUAACUUUAGAAUUGCACAAAUGAUAAGGUGUAGGUGUAGAGAGGUGCUUCCGUUUUUGGAGCUAGUUCUGAUGCAACCCUAAGAUGGUGAACUUCAGCGGGUAAAAGCCGGGUCGGGGGACUAGCCUAGCGGGUAUGCCACGUAUGGCAUGUACAGAGGCUAUAGUCCUCAGCCCUUUGCUGCAUGUCAUCCCCCAUUCGCUCCUCCCAACAAUUCCUGUCUCUCCUUAGCUGUCCAAUCUAAUGAAGACAAAAGGCCCCAAAAGAUGACUUAAAACAAGCCCACCAUGUUUGUUUCUAUCCACAGGAAAAGUAGUCAAAGUAAGUAUGGGGUUAUUACUGUGUCAUUUUAUCAUCUUAUUCAGAUCUUAAUGAAAAACAGCUUAACUGUCUCAUUUCUAAAACAAUGGCAUAUCUUCCUAAUGAUGGUGUAAGCUAAAGUGACAGUAUGGAGGGAAUUAUUUUCAGUGGGCAAGAGGGAUUGUGGUGUAUAUGGUUCAUUAUAAUCUGGGGUGAGCUGAAUUUUUCAGGUUAUUUUGAACAAAAAUUCAGAUGUACUGUGUAGUCCACCAAUGUGUUGUUUUCUAGAUGUUGUUUUAUUGUUAAAUGUGACGUGAUAGAGUUUGCACCAGCCUUUCCGACUUAAUGUGUCCAAAGCUGAAAUUUGUGGAUAUGGCAUAUAAGCUAUAGAUGUUUUCUUAUUUAUUUUUUUGCCUUGUAUCAUAAAACCUUUGGAAAAGAUUAUCCAGUUAGUUAUUUUCUUUCAAAGGCACAACAUCCGUAAAUGUGAAGUGGUUCAGAUUUAGCUGAAGCUGGGAUCUAAAGCAUUGGCUUAAAACCUAUUUAUUAAAAAAGUUGUGAUUUUGUUUUGUUUUUUAAAUUUAAAUUCAAGGCUUAAAAACAUCUUGGAUUUGAAUCGCACAGAUUCUUAUAGUAAUUUUGCAUUUAUUUUAUUUUUUUACUUUUAUGCAGCUAUUUUUUUAUACAUAUAUUUUGUCCAAUCUAGUAUUCUAUCAGUGCAUGCUGAAUAAAUCAAAUGUAAAUUGAAGUGUCAAUUUCUUUCAAAGACUGAUUGAUAACAUGUUGACAGGCCUUUGGUAGAUUUACAUUUCUUUGAAUGUUUUGGACACAAAUAAAUCUCCACAACAGUUAAAUUAAAUUUACAAUAUUCUGACUCCUGAUGAAUUUUCUCUCAGAUUUAAAAAAUUUAGCUAAAUCCACAACCUCAAAAUGAGGAUUGAGGUAGUGAAUACAUUUAGAACUAAGAAAAUAUUUUAGACCAUAAAUCUCACUGUUCUCUUGUUUUCUGUGCCUUUAAAGUGUUUAAGACUUGUGGUUCCUUAUAUCAACAUUGUGUUUCAUGUUUUGAACAAACUAUUCUACAGCAGAAAUGUACUGUCAGCCUAUAGCUUUCGUUGCUGGCUGCUCGUGUCACAAAGAGUCGAAUAAAAUAAAUCUGACAAACUAUUGUUACUGAAAAUCUUUUUUGGCUCUUUU